GCUAACAUAAACAAAGAAACUACAAUGGAGACCUCGUUAAGCAAAUCAUACAGAUCACAGCUAGAAUACACCCCCGAGUAUUGGAUUUUAUCAGCAGAGAAAGACUUUAAAAGUGCCAAUAUAAAAUUAACCAACCCUAGGUAUAUAGAUGACGAAAUUGCUAAUGAAAAGAAUAUCCUUUCCAAAUUAAAGUUUCUAUAUCUUGAACAAGAAACUCGAUACGAAUUCCUCAAACAUAUUUGUGAGAAUAAUCAAGAUAUAACUGAUUUACAAGUUGAAGAAAUUCGAGAAUCUACCCAAGAAAGUAAACUUCGGUUAAAACAUUUGAAACAACAACUAAAUCAACAAAUUGGCGAUCUUGAGACUAUUACUAAGGAAGUUUCUGAUUUAUAUGAGAAAUAUCUCGAGUUGACUACUACUACAUUGUUUGAUGAAGCUGAAGAACUAGAAGAAGAAAUAGCUAAACUCAAGGAGCUGGAAGAUAACUGGGAAACCUUGGAUUUCAUGUUGCAAGGUAGUAACAAUACAAAAGCUUUAGAAGAACAACAGAAAAAGUUACAACAGUUAGAAGACCAGAUUGAGAUAGCGAAGAGGAAAUAUACUUCUGCCACAAACAAUGUCAAUGAGUUAUCUUCUGAAUUAGCAGAAUUAAACCAAACCAUUCAAACCAGUCAAGACCAGCACCAGGUUGUAAAUCAGGAGUUACAACAAUUUGGUCAAUGGAAUAUAGCCAUGAAUCAAUUACUCCAGAACUUAACUAAGGAGAAAAUUACUACUAAAAUAACAUGCGCUACCAAAGGAAAUUAUAAAUUAGUGAUUAAUGAAAAUGAAUAUGUGGUAUUCACGACUAAUUACAAAGUAUUGGAAGUUGUUGGCAUUGAGCAAGGUGAAGUAUUCUUGCGAAACAUCAAUAGCAAGAAUUUGGAUCUGGAAUCAUUUAUGUCUGAAUUAGCAAAGUUUAUAAGUAAAUAGAGUGUUUCUUGUAGUGUUUACGUUGUAUCAGGUAGAUAUUCCAUUUCUAUAUAUGACUAAUUUGACUUAAUAUCAUCAGAAUUAACCACUGC